ACCCCACUGGUGCUGGCUGGCGGGUUGUGUGUGCAGAGAGCCUGUGUGCUUCGAGCUUUUACACCACGUUAUCAUGAUGCUGACACUGUCACGGAGAUGUUUAAUCCGGCCUCUGUGCCAGCGUGUGAGCUCGACUCUGAGAGGGCAGCACUCCGCAGCAGCACAGGCGCCUGAUCACGAUCGACUCUGGAGUGGACAAGACAGCCUGGCACAGGAUGAUCCUGAGAUAUGGGACCUGCUGCGGAAAGAGAAGGACCGACAGUGUCGUGGGCUCGAGCUCAUUGCUUCAGAGAACUUCUGCAGCCGUGCAGCGCUCGAGGCCCAAGGCUCCUGCCUCAAUAAUAAGUAUUCAGAAGGAUACCCAGGAAAGAGGUAUUAUGGCGGUGCGGAGAUAGUGGAUCAGAUCGAGCUGCUGUGUCAGAAGCGCGCUCUCGCAGCUUUUGAUCUGGACCCGGCACUCUGGGGAGUUAAUGUUCAGCCAUACUCAGGCUCACCGGCUAACUUCGCCGCCUACACGGCCGUGCUCAGCCCCCAUGAGCGUAUCAUGGGUCUCGACCUGCCUGAUGGAGGACACCUUACGCAUGGCUACAUGUCUGACGUGAAGCGAAUCUCUGCUACUUCCAUCUACUUUGAGUCAAUGCCCUACAAACUCAAUCCUAAAACCGGUCUGAUAGACUAUGACCAGAUGGAGCUGACUGCUAAGCUGUUUCGGCCCAGGCUGAUCAUCGCUGGCACCAGUGCUUAUGCCCGCCUCAUCGACUAUGCUCGCAUCAAGAAGCUGUGUAUGGAGUUAAAUGCGUACCUGCUGGCAGACAUGGCCCACAUUAGUGGCCUCGUGGCUGCUAAAGCUGUUCCCUCUCCAUUUGAGCACGCUGACCUCGUCACCACAACCACACACAAAUCCCUCAGAGGAGCCAGAGCAGGGCUCAUAUUCUACCGUAAGGGCGUGCGCUCUGUGGGUAAGAAAGGGGCUCAGGUGAUGUAUGACCUUGAGGACAAGGUCAACUUCUCAGUCUUCCCCUCUCUCCAGGGAGGUCCCCACAAUCACGCUAUCGCUGGGGUUGCUGUGGCUCUGCGACAGGCCAAUACCCCAAUGUUUAGAGAGUAUAUCGUACAAGUGAUGAAGAAUGCUAAAGCCAUGGCUGAUGCAUUGAUAAAAAAAGGAUACACUCUUGUGUCAGGUGGGACUGAUAAUCACUUGGUGCUGGUUGAUUUGAGACCACAGGGAAUGGAUGGAGCACGUGCUGAAAGGGUUUUGGAGCUGGCCUCCAUUACAGCCAAUAAAAACACUUGCCCCGGGGACAAGAGCGCACUCACACCUGGAGGCCUGCGACUGGGCGCCCCGGCUCUGACCUCUCGGCAGUUUAAAGAGACAGACUUCGAGCGUGUUGUGGACUUCCUGGACGAAGGCUUCAAAAUCGCUCUGGAUGUCAAGAAAAAGACGAAUAAAUUAACGGAGUUUAAGAGCUUCCUGCUGGAGGAUCCGGAGACUGUUGCACGGAUCGGUGACCUGCGCAGUCGGGUGGAGGCAUUCGCUCGGCCUUUCCCCAUGCCUGGCUUCUCCGACCACUAACCCAGAGCGGAGGCUGAGAAACGGGUGAAGCUCCACAUCCUUCUAGGAGCCUUUCGGCUACUGUCAGAAGAGUAGAGCACGGAGAAGUAUAUGUUUAUUGGGAUAGCCCUUUAUUCCUAUUGUAUGAGCCGUUUGUUUAUCAGGCACCUUGUUGGUCGAACACAAAGUGAAAUUGCUAUAUGCUGCUCAAAUUCCUUCAUCGCUGCACAGAAUUCAGCUGAAUCCAAGAACAAACUAUUUUUUCCUCAAACUUAAGUCUUAAUGAGAUGUCGUGCAAAUGCACCAUCUACAAAUAGUUUUCUUCACAUUCUAGCUCUGCUUUAAUGUAUAACAAGAACUGAUGCGUACGAUUUAGUUUGGGUUGCCCAAACGUUCAAAUUUUUAAGUGAUUUAAUCAAAAGGGCCUGGAAAUUCCGGUACUUCAAUGCAAACUCCAGUUGAACAGGAAGUAAAUAUCAGACUGCCUCCAGCUGUUCAGUGGCAGUCUGGCUGUGGGUACACACAAAAGAAAGCUCAAAUACAGUACCAGUCAAAAGUUUGGACACCUCUACUCGUUCCUAGGUUUUUCUCCGUCUUGACUAUUUUCUACAUUGUAGAACAACAUUGAAGACAUCAAAACUAUGAAAUAGCAUCUAGAACAUAUGGGAUAUUACAUGGUGGCAUGACGAUCUGAAGUUUAUCUUCGAGUGCUGAAUAUAUAUCCCAAGUAAGCGAGCGAGUGAAAAAGUUAACACGAGAAGAUAAACUUCAUAUCUUUGCACCACCGUGUAAUAUUCUUUUUAUUAUAUGGACACAUCCACAAAAAUGUACGCAAGUUCAUCAAAAGAAUUUUAACUUGAACCGGUUCACCAUUUUCACAACGCACGUCUAGUCAGUGGGAAAACACUGGGAGUGACAUCGUCGGAGUGAAAUUUAAGAAAAUAUGUCACUCAGAUCUGCGAUAAUUACAUUUUGUAUGAAAAAUACGAGUUUUUCAACACGAGAAGAUAAACUUCCUAAGCAAACGUGUGGGUUUUUUUUUUCUUUUUAUUAUAUGGACACAUUCACGAACAAAAAGUACCCACCCAUCCAUUAUCUGUAGCCGCUUAUCCUGUACAGGGUCGCAGGCAAGCUGGAGCCUAUCCCAGCUGACUACGGGUGAAAGGCGGGGUACACCCUGGACAAGUCGCCAGGUCAUCACAGGGCUGACACAUAGACACAGACAACCAUUCACACUCACAUUCACA